UGUUCCUCGCACAGAUUAGGGUAAGCCAAAUUCCAAACCCUACCAACUACGCUUUUUUAGUUUUUAUUUUUGGUUGUCAGCUCCUUUGAUUCAAAAGCUUCGUUUCCAUCGGCGGCGCGUGACGAUUUACACCGCACGUGAGAAUAUCGCCGGCAAGUAAUCUCAUCUUGAGACCUGACUUAUGUUCUGUUCGACCCGCAUUGGAGAUUUCAUGCCAGAGGUGCGCCGGAAUCUGACCGGACGGCAGUGAUCUUGCACCUUGAUGGCUUCCGCCGUCCUAGCCAACCGAAACGAACCUAAUUGGCCGCAGCAUAGAGGCGGUGUAGCUGGAUUCAUGGGGAAAGUACCAUUUUCUAACCCUAACCCUAAUUCAAAAUUUGGUAAUAAAAAGAAUCAAUCGGCGUUAGAUGAUGCUUCCUCCAUCAACCGGAGGUCCAACGACGGCAACCAUUACCAAUAUGUCACGUUCAACGUGGCGUCGUACUCAAAGAAGGAACUGAACGAGCUCAAGAAUCGCUUGAUCUUGGAGCUCGAGCAGAUUCGAAAGCUCAAGAGUCGAAUCGAGAAUGGAGAAUUUCAACCCAAGCAGAGCUUCAAUGGCCCUCCCAAAAAAUCGUCGACCAAGAAGAUCUCUGGCAACAAACGGCCAUUUCCGUUGGUGAAUUCCAUCACCAAAGAUUUGAAACGAUCGAAUUCAGAGAUUGGAAACUUGAUGAAGUCCUGCUCGCAGGUUCUACAGAAGAUCAUGAAGCACAAGGUUGGGUGGAUCUUCAACGCCCCCGUUGAUGUCGUUGGAAUGGGUCUUCACGAUUAUUAUGAUAUAGUGAAGAAACCCAUGGAUCUGGGCACCGUGAAGUCCAAUCUCGCGAAGAAUGUGUACUCUACGCCGUCGGAUUUUGCCGCCGAUGUGCGAUUGACGUUUAAAAAUGCGCUGACGUAUAAUCCCCCUGGUCACGAUGUGCACAACAUGGCUGACCUGCUUUUAACCAAGUUUGAAGAGCUGUAUCGUCCUGUGCAUGAGAAAUUCGAGGAUUCGAUAAGGCAGCAGGAUCAGGAUGUUGAUGAGGAAUUGCAGGCCAGUUCAUGGAAUCAUGUGGAACCGGAGAGGGUUGAGAGGGUUAAGAACAAGAAGGAGAAUGUGAUCCCUCCGGCAAGGUUUCAACCCGAGCCAGUGCAGGCCCCUGCGAGCUCUUCGAACCCUCCAAUGGUGCAGUCGCCUGUGCGCACCCCUUCCCCUAUGAGAGCCCAGCCGGUGAAGCCUCUGAAGCAGCCAAAGCCUAAGGCGAAGGACCCCAAUAAGAGGGAGAUGAGCCUUGAGGAGAAACACAAGUUGGGUAUUGGGCUGCAGAGUUUGCCUCCUGAGAAAAUGGAGCAGGUGGUACAGAUCAUAAGGAAGAGGAAUGGGAACCUUAAGCAGGAUGGGGAUGAGAUUGAGCUUGAUAUUGAGGCUGUUGACACUGAGACCCUUUGGGAACUUGAUCGAUUGGUGACAAAUUGGAAGAAGAUGAUGAGCAAAAUUAAGCGGCAGGCACUAAUUGGCAACUUGAACAACAACAAUGUCGCAUCCAAUAAAUCCAAUGGGGAAUUGGCUAUUGGUGAGAAGGUUGAGGCGGCUCCGGCUGAGGUGAAGAAACCAAAGAAAAUGGAUGCUGGGGAUGAGGAUAUUGACAUUGGGGAUGAGAUGCCGAUGAGUACCUUCCCCCCUGUGGAGAUUGAGAAAGAUAAAGAAGUCGCCGGCGGCCAUGCUAGUAGUAGUUCUAGUAGCUCCAGCAGUUCAAGUAGUGAUUCCUCGUCAUCUAGUGAUUCAGAUUCAGCGAGUUCCUCAAGGAGUGAUUCUGAAGCAGACAAUGGUCACUUGUAGCAAGCAGAUGACUUUUGUUACUAAUGGUUCAACAUGGCCAAUGUGCGGUGUUCUGCCGAAGAAAAUGCUCUGCUUCACGGCUUCUCUUGAGUGUGCAGCUUCAACUCAUGGAUGAGGUAGUGUUGCUGUGAACAUGGCUUGCUGUUUCAUAUUGGAUGGAUUUUUGGUGGCAGAGCAACUGCUAGAAUGGUUUGUGGUGUGCAAUAUUUUGUAAAAAGGAUUCGUGAAUACUGAAGAGCUAAUCAAAACAAUGGUAGGCCAGAAAUUAGAGUGCAAUGUGGUGAAAAUCUUAAUUUAGUAAUGUUAGAUUGGUUAGAGAUUAGGAUAGGUUGGGGAAAAUCAAUGUUUAUGAGUUCACCUUGUACACAUUACUGCUACAGUAAAUAGAAUUAUCCUCGUUGGAGAUGGCCCUUUAAAAGGGAUAUGUAUCUAACUUGUUGGGCUUGACAAUUAAUCAGAUUAGAGAUCUAAAUUUUGUAUGUACUACAGACUUUAAUGACUCAUUAUAUAAUCACCAAUUCUUUCAA